ACCAAAACAUGUUCCUCUCCAAACGAAGGGAAGCUUGCACAUAAAUAUCGCACAUCGAACAGAAAUUGCCCCAGAAAACACAGCAAUGGAGUGCUUACAUGGAGGUCGUGCGACCGCAAUCUCUACGAAGAAAGGAAUGUUUUGGGUUUGCAACAAGAACAACCCUAAAUGUUGUGAGUUCUUUUGCCCUGAACAAGAUCGUUCGCUAUUUGAUACGGCUAUGAUGAUGUGGAGGGCGAAUGGUGCAAUUCGUCCACUGUGUGAUACCCACCAAAGACCUAGCAGGAUGAGAGUUGUGAAGGAUAUUAUCCCGAAGUGUUUAUCAAUACCAUUAGUCGCAGCUGCAAAUCAUAUCGGUGUGCACCCUGUUGCCUGCUUAUGGUCAUCCCUCAUCAAUAACUGGAAAAUUAAAGAUAAAGCAAGACCCGCUCUGGAUAUAAGCAACAUUGAUAUGCAAUCUUUAUACACUGGAUCAAGUGAAGAGGCUUGGUUCUUCUUAAUUCAUUGGGAUAUAGAAAUUCAAUCUGUUCCAGGAAUUAAGAGUGUAGCUGCUGCACAAAAGGCUGUUCUUGACGACAAUCAAGAACUGUUACGCGCAUGCCUGAUUAUUUUACGAAACACAAUUCAAAAAUUGAAGAUAUCGUUGAAAAGAAUAUCUGAAAAAUGCAAUCCUGCUUUCUUUUAUACAAAAUUACGGACAUUCCUAACUGGAUGGAAGAACAACAAAUCGUUGCCUGAUGGAAUUAUUUAUGAAGGAGUGAGCUCAAAACCAUUUCAGUUUUCAGGGGCAAGUGGAGCACAAAGUACUGGAUUCCAUCUGUUUGAUGCCGCUCUUAGUAUUACGCACGAAGAUGGUGAAAAGGCAUUUCUGGACUCUAUGUUGGGUUAUAUGCCUCGUGGUCAUCGGAGAUUUGUGAAAGAAAUUCGUAGAGAACCGUCUAUUCGUGACUAUGUCGUAAGAAGUGAAAAUAGUGAAUUGUUGAAGCUAUACAACGAAUGCGUGGAAAGUCUCGUGCAGUUUCGAAGUCUGCAUGUUCAAGUUGUAACGAGGCGAGUUCAAUAUUUAAUUUUAUUUCAUAUAACCCCGUCUGACUCCAUAUAUUUACUAACGGAAAAAAUCCGCGGAAUAAGUUUUCCCUUUUACUGCAAAAAUAAAAGUGAUGUUUUAAUGAGAUAAAAGGCCAUUUAUAUAUA